GCAAGUAGGUAGUUAAUUUACAGCUAUGUCAAUCGCGUGAUGUUAAUUUACACGGUUUUGUUUAUUAAUUUCGAGCAGCUAGCAGUUGAGAGAGAUCAUUUAUUGUAGAUUCAGAAUGGGCUAUAAAGAGCCUUUACGUCUUCAACUUAUCGUAUCAGCUAACUCACCUCCGUCUUAAAAAAAUAAAAUGGUACGUGCUACGGGGAGACUUGCUUUUUUAUCUUUGCUUUGCCUUCACGCUUUUAUACUUUCCGUGCUUGCUAGAGAUGUGGCCACUGUAACCAAGGAUGAUGAUGAGAAGUUUUUAGGCACUGGAAAAGGUGGUGGCUUUGGCGGCGGCGGUGGUUUUGGAGGAGGUGCAGGUGGAGGCGGUGGCUUUGGAGGUGGCGGUGGUUUUGGAGGAGGUGCAGGUGGUGGUGGUGGCUUCGGUGGCGGAGCUGGUGGAGGAGGUGGCUUCGGUGGUGGUGGAGGGCAUGGAGGUGGAGUAGGUGGAGGUGCUGGCGGUGGUGCAGGUGGAGGCAUUGGAGGUGGCAUAGGAAAGGGCGGAGGCUUAGGUGGUGGAGGUGGAAAGGGUGGUGGCAUUGGAGGUGGGAUAGGAAAGGGGGGUGGUUUAGGCGGUGGCAUUGGAAAGGGAGGUGGAUUAGGUGGUGGGAUAGGGAAGGGUGGUGGAUUAGGUGGAGGCCAUGGUGGGGGAAUAGGAAAGGGUGGAGGGGGAGGCAUUGGUGGUGGAAUAGGUAAGGGUGGUGGUUUAGGUGGUGGGAUAGGAAAAGGUGGAGGGGGAGGCCUUGGUGGUGGAAUAGGCAAGGGUGGUGGAUUGGGUGGCGGCCAUGGUGGGGGGAUAGGAAAGGGUGGAGGGGGAGGCCUUGGUGGUGGAAUAGGCAAGGGUGGUGGAUUGGGUGGGGGCCAUGGUGGUGGGAUAGGAAAGGGUGGAGCCGGAGGCAUUGGUGGUGGAAUUGGAAAAGGUGGAGGACUAGGUGGUGGAAUUGGUAAGGGUGGGGGUCUUGGGGGAGGAAUUGGCAAAGGUGGUGGAGUUGGUGGGGGAGCAGGGGGAGGAUUUGGCAAAGGUGGUGGUGUUGGAGGAGGUUUUGGAAAAGGUGGAGGCAUUGGUGGCGGUGGUGGCUUUGGUAAAGGAGGAGGAGUUGGAGGAGGUUUUGGAAAAGGCGGAGGCAUUGGUGGAGGUGGUGGCUUUGGUAAAGGAGGAGGCGUAGGAGGUGGGUUUGGUGGAGGAGCAGGAGGUGGAUUUGGUGGUGGUGGUGGUGGUUUUGGAGGCGGAGGGGGUGGUGGAAUUGGACACCAUUAAACGUAAACAUUGCAUGCAUGCAUGCACGCGACAUAUAUGCCACGGGGAGCAUUAUAUUGAUGAUUAUAUAUAUUGAUUUUCUUUGUCAUUGUACGAGAGUCGAAUAAUUUUUGUAUGGAACUUGUAAUAACACUAAAUCCUAUAUUAAUUAAAUGCAGUUCCAAAUCA